CAUGUCAUCAAUGAAGCCUUUCAAGUUGAGCAGUGCUCCGUUCUAACACAGAAAAGAAAAUUACAGUUCAUACACCUCAAAAAUGCCAGACCGAAGCCGUACUCACCCCCCCUUCUGGGCCGUCCACGGCCACGAAGAGGUGAUGCUCUACCCUAACGGGACCCCAAGAGGAAGAGGGAACAUAAAGCCUCCCUUGCCCAUGUUUCCCUUCCCCCAGUUCCCCCGUCUCCCACGGGAGGUUCGACUUCGCAUAUGGGAGAUGACGGUCGAGCCUCGGAUUGUCGAAGUCCGCGUUGAGUACAGCAAGAAGGACUAUGACUACGAUAUGGUUACUAAGAGAUUCAACAAAGUCUCUCCCGAAGAGGGAGAUGUCUUCCCUUUGUUUUCGUCUACGCCGGUGCCGGCGCCGUUGCAGACCUGUCGAGAAGCAAGGAAUCACCUUGGGGGGAACUACUACCAGAAAGCCUUUCAGGAUUUACCAAUCGCAAGACACGCCGGCGAGGAACUGGAACUGGACGAAAAGGAUCCCGAGCAGCGAACAGAGCCAGGUCCAAAUCUGGACGACAAGGAACCGCGCCACUACGUCUGGGUGAACUUCGACCUCGACAUGCUCUCCAUCGGUCCCAGUCUAUUCCGCCAUUUCUCAUCUUACGCACCCAAGAUCAAAGCGCUCAGGUUUCAGCGUGACCUCGACGAAGACGUGGUUGACAUUUCAGACCUUCGACGGAUUUCCAGUUUCGUCAACGUCAAGGAACUCCACAUCGUCUGUGCCUAUGGCCAAGACGUGUAUGACUGGGCUGGCGUCGAAACCGAGUUGGAGAUGAAGUUCCCUAUUCCCAGGUGGGACGUGUUGGUGAUUGAUCCUGGGUAUGAGUUGAUUGUAGAUGCGUAUGAGAUUGAUAUUUAUGACAAGGAGGAACAGGCGAGAGCGGAGCUAUCAGGAGUUUAACGAAGUAGCUCGUAUAUGCUUAAGCCCGUAGAUAUAGUGAACAUCUUUUUGGACUUGGUUAGAGAAAGUUGAACUAUUUAUAUCGUUAAUCUCUAAACAACGGUUCUCAUCUGCAAACUUCCGAUCAC